CUGUCAGACGCACUAAAAAUUAAGGCUGAUAUUUAACCAACAAUGUUCAUGGCCAUGUCUCUACCUAACUAUGUAUCUACCCUUAUUAUUUUAUUAUUACAUCCUUCAUAAAGUAUCAUUUGAAUUUUGAACCAAGCAAUUUUUAUAAAGAAUAUUCAAAUAAUUUAUUUUUGUAAAGAAAAAAAUGGAAGCAAUACAGGAGACAGUGAAGCUGCAUGGAAUGUGGGCAAGUCCUUGGGUUAGAAGGGUAACUAUAGCCCUUAAAAUGAAGGGUAUACCUUAUGAAUACUUUGAAGAAGAUUUGAAAAACAAGAGUCCAUUGCUAUUACAAUAUAACCCAGUUAAGAAGUUGGUUCCAGUGCUUGUUCAUCAAGGUAGACCAAUUGCUGAAUCAUUGAUCAUCCUUGAAUACAUUGAUGAAACUUGGAACAAUAAUUCACCUAAUGUUUUCCCUAAUGAUCCUUUUCAAAGAUCCAUAUUUCGGUUUUGGGCCCAAUUUAUUGACCUUCAGGUGUUUGAGAAACUUAGGGAUGUAGUCAAAGCCCAGAAUGAUGAAGAAGAGGAAAAGAUAAUCAAAGAAAUCCAAGAAAACAUGAACAAAUUGGAAGCAAAUGUAGAAGAUUUGUAUGUAGGAGCCAAGGCCAAUGAAGAAAGUAUGGAUGUAUUAGACAUAUUGAUGAUGACUUUGUUACCAAUAAUUAAAGGUGUUGAAGAAGCAAUAUCUGUCCAUUUCAUACACCCAGAAAACUUCCCUUUGGCAUUUUCAUGGAUGAAGACUUCUAAUAAAUUUCCAUUGGUUCAAGAAUCUGCUCCAAAUCAUGAUAAACUUGUCAAUUUUUUAAGAAAACUUAGAAAGUAUUUCAGAACUUAAAGCUGCACUUCAAUACUUUGUGUUGUUUUAACUUUUAUCUAGUAUUUAUUCAGCUUUCUGAAUUCAAUUUGAGUUUUAUUUAAUUUUAUUUGUUUUUUUGCCUAAAUUAAUGGAUUAAUUAAAGAAUUAAUGACAUUUCUC